AUGGAUGAAAAAUUCUGCGUGGUGUUAGGCGUGACCAGGAAGGACAUCCUUCCACUGCUGAAGAAACAAAGGAAGCCAGAUUCCGCAGACACAGCGGCCUUCGACUCCUACACAAGGGAAAACGAAGAUCUCUACGUCAUUCUUUUCCUACUAGUGGAACUUCCAGCCGCCUUGUUGGGACCCAACCUUCAACANGACAUCUGCGUACAGGGCUUCUCCGACGAAUACAAGGUCGUCAAACUGAUGGUCUUCAAAGACCCAACCUUCAACAUCGUGGACAUGCAAUCCACCAUGCGCAACAUCUUCUUGGACGAACAAUCGCGCAAGAGAUGGAAGGGACGCAUAGCUGGUCGAGGAUUUGCCAUGGCAACGACCGCGUCUGACAUCAUCUGCCACAGCUGCUACGAGCCGGGGCACAUCAGGAGGAACUGCCCCAAGAUCAAGAACAGGGCGAAGAAGAAAACGAAGCCCGCCGGAGGCACCAAGUGGUGCUCCAAGCACAACACUACGUCUCACUCGGACGAGGAAUGCUACCAACAAGGAGGAAAGCGCCCGGAAGACACCAAAGACUCAAAUAAAGCAUUCACAGCGUGCUCUGACUGCACUCACUGCUCGUCGGUGUCCAACAAGAACGACUCAAACAAUGUAGUGGCAGUUGUCGACUUCACCUGGGACGAGGACGCCUUCGACAGCGGAUUCAUGUUCGCCACGUGUUCCCGCAUCUCAGGACGCAACUUCGCCGCGAGCUCCACCGAGGUAGGACUGCUGGUAGACACGGGAGCAUCGGAGACCAUGUUUGACAAUCGCCUCAUCCCCGACGGAAACCUUCAUGAUUACACCCAGCGAAACUCUCCAAAGAUCGUCGACGUGGCCGGAGAAAGCCAACUCACAGGCACGGCCACGGGCAUCCUACACUGCACUGUCAAGGAGAAUUGAGGACACCAAUUGCGCGUGCGGAUUCAGGGACUCGUCGUUCCGGGGCUUGGUCGCAACAUUUUUUUGCCCACCUCCCUCCCGAAAAGGGGAUUGCGCUGCGUCGUCGAAGAGAGCACUCCGCACCUCGUUAUUCAAGGCAAGGUGAUUCCACUCACACAAGAUCCGCGAGACCAAGGCAUGUGCACCCUCGACAUCACGUUCGAGCAGAACGUCCAGCCAUCUGGCACGAAAUCCCUCGUGCCCCACCAGAAGCAGUCACAGACCCACACGGCGAACGCCGUCUGCUUUACGCUUGUGAGCGCGGACACCUGGCACAGAAGGCUUGGACAUAUCAAUGCUCGGAGCCUGGACAUCCUUCGGAAGGACACGGGUACCGGGGUGGACUAUCGCGACAGUCUCUCCCCUUGCGGGGUCUGCCAGAUCGCGAAACACAAGCAGUCCCCCCACCUGAAGCAAUCGACUCGCGAACUAUCACGGCCUGGACAAGUUGUGGUCAUCGACAACAUGGGGCCUGU